GGAUGAUCGGUGGCCGGAGCGGGAGCUGAAUCCGAAUCCGCCGCCAUCCGCCGCUGCGGGCGCUGGUGAAAGGAAACGACCGAGGGAAGGAAGGCGGAGGGCGAGAGAUCGGUUGUCUACGCGGGCUCAGCCCAUGGAGCAGGCGGUGGACAGUGCGGGCAGCGCCGACUCUAGCGGCGCGGACACGGGCGGGGAGUCGGCCGCGGGCAGCGGGAGUCCAUGCGGCGAUUACUGCCCCCCGGGGGAGGACCGGGACAAGUCGCUGACCAGCGGCCUGGGCCGGUGGGGAGAGAGCGCCGGGGAGGAUUCGGCGGCAGACAGCCGGUGCUCGGACGGUGCGGAGACCGGCAGCAACAGCUCGCCGGCCAGCAGCGACGGGGAAACAGCAGAGGAAUCGGCGACUGGCAGCACGGGAGCCGGCGAUGAGACCGGAGAGGACUCGCCGCCUGGUGGGGCGCUGGCGGCCGGCGUUCUGGCCCGGCGCGGUGCGGGGAAUCGGUCGGCAGCCGGUCGUCCACAUCCCCCUAUGGAGCAGUCGGCUGCUGCCCCGUGCGGCUGGGACUUGGGGCAGCCGGCAAGUGCCGCCCCGUCUGACUUUGGGGCGCCGGGAGCCAACGGCCUCGCUGCUGGCGCGGCGGCGGAUGAACCGGCGGGUGCCGCUCGUGGGCCGACGUCCCAGAGUCAGGCCCCCUACAAUGGCGACGGGGAGCGUUGUAGCCCUCGUCGGCCUGCCGCGCUCGAACCGGACCAAACCCCGUAUCACCGCGGCGCCGAGAUGGAGGCGGGCGUUCCCGGCGUGGGGAGGGGGCAGCCCAGCCCCCGCGGGGGUUGUGGCACGGCCCCGGACCUGCCGCUGCACGGCGGGCCGGCGGAGCAGACGGGGCCGGGCGUGACUUUGGGGGAAACCAACGGCGCCGAGUACACGGCGGCGGCGGUGGAACAGGGCGACCUGGGGCCGGCCGGCGGCGAAUACCCGCUGCCAGAGGCCGAGGACCCCGCGGCCCCCUACCCUGCCGACUUCGAGAAGUACUGGAAGAUUGUGGAGGACAAUCCGUACGAUUUCACCGGAUGGACGUACGUGCUCCAGUACGUGGAGCAGGAGAACCACGUCUGGGCCGUGAGGAGGGCGUUCGACUCCUUCUUCACUCGCUACCCCUACUGCUACGGCUACUGGAAGAAGUACGCCGACAUCGAGAAGCGACUGGGCUUCGCCAAAGAGGCGGAGGAGGUAUACCAGCGGGGACUGCAGUCCAUCCCCCUCAGUGUGGAUCUGUGGGUCCACUAUAUCGUUUUCCUGCAGGAAAUCCUUGAGCCCAACGGCCCCGACACCUCGGUCAAACUACGGAGCGUGUUCGAGAUGGCGCUGGCUGCCGCUGGCACCGACUUCCGUUCCGACCGACUGUGGGACAUGUACGUGAGCUGGGAGAAAGAGCAGGGGCGGCUGAAGGCCGUCACCGCCAUCUAUGACCGGCUACUCUGCAUCCCCACUCAGCUGUACAGCCACCACUUUGAGAAGUUUAAGGAGCACGUGCAGGGCUACUCGCCGAAGGACGUUCUCUCCACGGACGAGUUCCUGCGGCUGCGCUCGGAGGUGGUGACCAGCCUGGCGGCGGCGGAGGCCGACAUCGACGAGGGGCCCCCCGGGGACGACCCCCCUCCGGGGGUGGGGACCAGGGACCAGGAGAAGGCCGACAAGGAGCUGGAGAAGAUCCGAGCCCACCUGGAGGCCACUCGGCAGGAGACGUACCUCGUGAACGAAGUGGAGGUCAGCAAGCGGUGGCACUUCGAGGAGUCGAUCAAGCGACCCUACUUCCACGUCAAGCCCCUGGAGAGGGUCCAGCUGAAGAACUGGAAGGACUACCUGGACUUCGAGAUGACCAACGGCACCAACGAACGUGUUCUGGUAUUGUUUGAACGCGGUGUGAUCGCCUGUGCUCUGUACGAGGACUUCUGGAUCAAGUACGCCAAGUAUCUGGAGAACCACAGCGUGGAGGCUGUCCGCAAUGUCUUCCAGAGGGCUUGCAUGGUCCACUUGCCCAAGAAGCCCACCCUGCAUCUCCUGUGGGCUGCCUUCGAGGAACAGCAAGGUGAUAUCAAGGAGGCCCGUCGCAUCCUGAAGACCUUCCAGCUGGUAGUGCCGGGCAUGGCAAUGGUGCUCCUGCGGAGGGUGAGCUUGGAGCGGCGCAGCGGCGAGCUGGUGCAGGCGGAGGCGCUGCUGCGGGAGGCGGUGGAGCUGCACCAGGGGACGCCCCUCUCGUCCUUCUUCGCCAUCAAGCUCUCCCGCCAGCUGCUGAAGGUGCAGAAGAACCUGGCCAAGGCCCGCAAGGUUCUUCUCGAAGCCAUCGACGGAGACAAGGAGAACGUGAAGCUUUACCUCAACCUGUUGGAGCUGGAAUUCAGCUGCGAUGUCCGACUCAACGAGAGUAACAUCCUCCACUGCUUUGAGCAGGUGCUCCUCAGCUCCCUGCCUCUGGAGAUCAAAAUCAUCUUCUCCCAGCGAAGAGUCGAGUUCCUGGAGGAUUUCGGCUGCAGUGUCCGCAGUUUGCUCCACGCCUACGAUGAACACCAGAAACUCCUCAAGCAGAACUCGAACAAGAAGCGAGCGGCAGAGAACGGCCUGGAGGAGCCGGAGGAGAAGAAAGUGCGGGCGGAUGAGGGGGUGGUGGUUAGCGUACCCGCUGUAGCAGCCGCCACCACUGCCAGCAGCACUGCCCUUGCCACCGCAGACAGCAGCAGCAGCAGCAGCAGCAGCCAGGCAGCUUACAACUACAGCGCUUGGUACCAGCCUUACGGAUCGUAUGGAUAUCAGAAUCCUUGGAACUACAGUCAGUACUAUCCCCACAGCUGAGGCUAGACGACCCCUGCCAGACGGGCCGGCAACUUGUGCGUCUGUGUGUCUGCGGACAGAAACCAUGUGACCUGUUUCUGCCCCCCCGUCCCAUCCCCUCCCCUUCUCCCAACCCUCACCUUGUCCAUCAAGCAUCAUCUCUCUGCUCCUACGAGCCCCGGGAUCUGACUGGAAUGGGAUCCCCUCCAUCUACGGUUCCCGUGUUUAUUCAACUGGAGAUCCGGGGGAUAAUGAAAUGUGAAGUUCUCGACGAGGCCGCAAGCUGCCGGCCGUUCCUCUCCGCCGCUGGGACGUUGUUGUCCUCCCCAACCCCCGUGCGUGCGUGUGCGUGUGUGUGUGCGCGCGCGUGUGGGUCUCGGUUAUGGUGAGUGGAGGGGGGGAGAGAGAGGGGGGGGAAAACGUGGAAUCCGGAGCUGGCCGUCGACAGGACUGGAUUGUAUAUUGUAGAUUAACUGCACUUUCGAACCGUUGUGUGUGGGUCGGGUCUGUGCCGGGAGGGUUUUGUUUCGGGAGGCUGGGGUUGAAUAUUUCCCCACUCCCCCCCCCCGGGGUUUGGGUGGGGAGUGUUUUGAGAUUUUGGGUUUUUUUUUUUUUUUUCUGUCCACAUACACGGUGUACGUAUACACGCGAGCGCAGGUUUACACACGAGAGCACGAUCCCACUGCCCCCGUUUGGUGUCGUGCGGCCCAGUUAGAGAAUAGCGCGCUUAAACCGACCCGAACGAUCCCCACGUGCUUCUACAGCCCUGGCACUGUAGCCGGGAAGAUCGACGCAAAAAGCUGGAGUAACUCAGCGGGACAUGCAGGCAGCAUCUCUGGAGAGAAGGAAUGGGCGACGUUUCGGGUCGAGACCCUUCUUCAGAUGUUUCCGGCCUUUGGACCUGAAACGCCACCACCUUCCUUCUCUCCAGCGGUGCUGCCCGUCCCGCCUGAGUUACUCCGGCUUUUUGUGUCCGUGUCUUUGGUGUAAACCGGGCACCUGCUGUUCCUUCCUACACGGUAGCCAGGGAACUCCUGCCGGCUUCAGAGUGACUGCGUCAGCCACUGCCCACAACCAACAUGGAGUCUGAGCCAGGGAACUUCCCCUUGCCCACAACCAACAUGGAGUCUGACCCAGGGAACUUCCCCUUGCCCACAACCAACAUGGAGUCUGACCCAGGGAACCGCCCCUUGCCCACAACCAACAUGGAGUCUGACCCAGGGAACUUCCCCUUGCCCACAACCAACAUGGAGUCUUACCCAGGGAACUUCCCCUUGCCCACAACCAACAUGGAGUCUGACCCAGGGAAC